AUUACAAUUAUUGUCGAAAUUACAUUUCACGAUUUUCAUUGCCAAAUUAUUUUAGGAAAUAAUUCCUUGUGCUUCUACUCCACAGAUCACAAAUCAUAUUAUUAUUAUCCCAUUUAUUUUGUGCCUGGGAAUAAAGAAACAAAAAAAAAAUGUCUAGGAUCUUAUUGCUCUUCUUCCUUGUCUUAAACAUUCUUGAGUUUCAGACACAACUCCUCCAAUUGGCGGCACAACCAGGUUCCUUCAUGUGCCUGAACAACGGCAACUAUACAAGAAACAGUGAAUACGCCAACAACCUCAACUCCCUACUCUACUCCGUACCCAACAACGUUGGCCAAGACGGCUUCUACCAAGACUCUGUUGGGUGGGGUGGCCCAGACACUGCCAACGUAGUUGCUCUCUGCAGGGCCGACGUUCAGCUUGCUAGGUGCCGAAGCUGCAUUCGCAACUGCAUACCUUAUCUUCAGACAUCAUGCCCCGGUUACAGACAGGCUUUCGGCUGGGCAGACAACUGCAUGCUACGUUACUCAAACGAGACCCUAACUGGGACUGUGGAUGUGCGCCCGACUUUGUUUAUGUGGAAUACUCAGAAUGCCACGAGCCCUGACCGAUUCAUGAAGGACGUGAAGAGCCUAUUGAUCAACAUCACAGACCAGGCGGCUAACAGCACUCGGAGAAUUGCAGCUGCCAACAUGACGGGUCCUGAUUUCCAGUACAUCUUUGCACUGGUCCAGUGCACACCGGAUUUGGGUCCGGACAACUGCAAUAGAUGCCUUACGGAGAUUUAUUCGGACGUGCGGGAUUGCUGUGACAGGAGGAGAGGGGCCAGAGUGGUGGCACCCAGCUGUAGUCUUCGCUACGAGGCUUAUCCCUUUUAUAACAUAACUCGGAUUCAAGAGUUUGCGACUUCCUCAAACGAUAGCUAUUCACUUCCUGCACACGCUUUGUUCUUGUCCGAUCAUUUAUUCCUUUUUUAUCCUGACUCUACACGUGUCCCUCAUGGACAACCUGUACUCAACUGCCUCUAUAGGUCGGCUCUUAGCUAUAAGAUGCCUCUGCCUCUCGUCUCCAAGUAUGCAACGGGUGGCGUCUCGAAACUGUAUCAAACCAGACUUUCAAGCCCCGACGAACUUGAACGAGCAGGAAAUAAUACAAAUUAUAAUACAAGUGAUGGCAAUAACACGACCCGAACUACAAGUGAUGGCAGUAACACAACCCGAACUAUAAUCGCUGUUGUUGCUUCAGUUGUUGCGUGCUUUGUAUUAGCUGCUUUCGCUUGGGCUUUAUUACAAAAGAGAAUGAAGCUAAAACAAGAGAAUACAUUAUUUGAAGACGAAAGUAUAGAAGUUGAAUCUCUCAGAUAUACUUUAGCCACACUCAAAGAUGCUACUAAUGAUUUCUCAGAAGAAAACAAAUUGGGGCAAGGUGGCUUUGGAGCUGUUUAUAAGGGAAUACUUUUGAACGGUCGAGAAAUAGCAGUCAAAAGAUUGUCACGGAAUUCAGGACAAGGCGAUUUGGAAUUUAAGAAUGAGGUUUUAUUAUUGGCCAACCUUCAACACAGGAAUCUAGUAAGACUUGUAGGCUUUUGCCUAGAAGGAACGGAGAGGAUCCUCAUAUAUGAAUUCAUGGAGAAUGCUAGCCUUGAUCACUUUAUAUUUGAUCAAGUCAAACGUUCAGACUUAAAUUGGGAGAAACGCUACAACAUCAUAGGUGGCGUAGCUAGAGGACUAUUGUAUUUGCACGAAGAUUCUCAACUAAAGAUCAUUCACCGUGAUCUCAAACCCAACAAUAUACUUUUAGAUGGAUCAAUGAACCCAAAAAUUGCAGACUUCGGCAUGGCAAGACUGUUUGGGCAAGAUGAGACUCAUGGAGAUACCGGUAGAAUUGCUGGAACCAUUGGUUAUAUGGCUCCGGAAUAUGCAAUGCAUGGACAAAUUUCGACCAAGUUAGAUGUAUUCAGCUUUGGAGUACUCACAUUGGAAAUCAUUAGCGGUCGAAGGAAAAACUAUUUCCAGCGAGGGGAGAAUGUAGUAGAGGAUCUCUUGAGCUCUGCAUGGAAAAAUUGGCGGGAAGGAACACCUGAAGAAAUAGUGGAUCCAUGUUUGAAUAAUUCUAUCUCAAGUUUUGUAAUAAGUGAUAUGUUGAGGUGCAUCCAAAUUGCUUUGUUAUGUGUUCAAGAGAAUGCUAUUGAUAGACCAACAAUGGCUUCGGUUGUCCUUAUGCUCAGUAGCUCCACUUUAGUUCUAGCGGAACCUUCCGAGCCUGCAUUCUAUAUGCCGAGUGGCUACGGUUCGGAAACUUCUUCACUCAUUCAAGAGCAUAAUUCCAGAAGUUCCAAGUACACAAGUUCAUCAAAAAGUGUCAUACCAACUCAAUUAUCAGACAAUUCAUCAUCAAGAAAUGAUGUCUCGAUUAGUGACUUCUAUCCACGUUGA